GCAUGAUGGAAUAGAUGGCCUUUUAGGUCCUGAUGGGGCAUCGAACUCUUUCUCCUUCACUUGCGACACGAUUACUAAGACAUUCGAACACGCGUCCACCAUCCUGCGCCCUCUACACCACCACCAUGUCUGAGCCCUCAGCCAAGAAAGCCCGCACGACGCCUCCAUACACCCUCGUUUACUGGCCUACGCUCCCCGGCCGUGGCGAGUUCGUCCGUCUCGUGCUCGAAGCUACCGCGACGCCCUACACCGACAUAUGCAAUGGACCCAAGCCUGACCAUGGCCCUGUCAUGGACGCACUCAACUCCGACACAAACCCAGCCUUUGCCCCUCCGCUGUUGAAGGUGGCUGGAGAGGGCAAAGAUGGUGCCGAGCUGGUGCUCUACCAGACACCGAACAUCCUGCUAUAUCUAGGAGAGAAGCUGGGACUGGCAGGCAGCGAGGAGGGGGACAAAUGGGCUGUCAAUGCAUACGCCCUGACGGCGCUGGAUCUCAACAAUGAAGCCCACGACACGCACCACCCCAUUGCGAACAUACUUUAUUACGAGGACCAGAAGGAAGAGGCCCUCAAGAAAGCAAAGAACGUGCGCGAAAUCCGCAUUCCAAAGUUCUUUUCGUUCUUCGAGCGCGUGCUGAAGAGUAACGAGAAGGCUGGACAGGGCAAACAUUUGGUCGGGGAGAAGCUGACGUAUGCUGAUACGACCCUGUGGCAUGUUCUGAAUGGACUGCAGCAUGCUUUUCCAAAAGAGAUCGAAGCGCGGAAACCGGAUUAUCCCCUGCUGUUUGAUACGUUUUACCCAGCGGUAGAGGAGCAAGAACAUCUCAAGAGAUAUUUAGCCAGCGAGAGGAGGCUGCCUUACGGCCAGGGCAUUUUCCGUCAUUAUCCCGAGCUAGAUAGGCAAUAAUGAACUUUGGGCAAGAUAUAACGAAGUGCUGCGAUGGAAGGUAAUGAUUUUGGAGAAUUCUUACUUUCGAAAGAUGUAAGUAGAUCAAAAGGACAUCACAGUUGCACAUAAUCAAACAAAUAUGAAGAGUCUGGAGUGUCUUGGUAUUGUGGCACAA